GAAGAACUGGGAAUUCCCGUUAGACUAUCAUUUCGCCUGUUGCAUCCGAUUCGAGCAUUCCAUACAACACUGUGAUCCAUACCGGUCUGGUUUAUAUCAACGACGUCACGAUAACGAGUCUGGAGAAUAGCCAAUAAUAUUGCAUUUUUCGCUGAUGCCUUUUGUACAUCGUGACCGAGUGCGCGGACUGAACAGUUUCCUGAAGCAACAAGCAUCGAGGGAAGAUUUCUGUCAAUAUAAUCUCUGGACCGAGAGCAAUCAUGUUCGUGUUUCAAAAACUGUCGAGUAAAACUUUGGGAUGUCAUCAGAUACCGACGACGAUCGACGGCCUGUCGCGACUUCGAAGAUCGGCAUCACCGACAGCCUGGUCGAAUCAAACCUUCUACGAUUAUCAAAAUCACAGCUUCGAGACGAUUUUCGAGCUAGAUGAGGAAUCGGACAGCUUUUGUACCUCGCUCUACUUUCUCCUAGAUUUUUGCCAUAUAUACUAUAUACCGUCUAUCAUCUUGCUGGGUUUGGUGGGCAACCUGUUGUCGUGCGUGGUUUUUCUUAAGACGCAUCUAAAGCUACGUAGCUCCAGUUACUAUUUGGCGGCGUUAGCCACCACCGACUUUAGCUUCCUCAUGUCUCUGCUUCUCGUGUGGCUUAACAGUACAAUUGGAUGGAAAGUCUUCAACAAUAAUGGCUGGUGUGAAACUCUGGUGUACGUCAGCGCAGUUUGUAGUUCACUCAGCGUUUGGCUGAUCGUCGCCUUCACCGUCGAGAGAUUCAUCGCCGUUCAAUAUCCGCUACAUCGGCCGCAUAUGUGUACCGUAGCGCGUGCAAAGACGAUCAUUCUGGUGUUAACAAUUCUCGCCUUGGUUAGCCAUUCAUACUCCUUCGUCACCGCUGGGGUUGUGAAGAACCAGGGCGGCGACGAGGUAUGCGAACUGAAGAUCGAGUACCUGGAGACUAUGCAGAUCAUUAGCAUUAUCGACAGUAUAGCGAGUCUGAUCGUGCCGCUCGUACUUAUCAUUGUGAUGAACACCAUGAUCAUGAGGAAUCUCUUGAAGUUUGGCAGGCGAUUCAACCAGGAGCCCGGUUACGCUGCAAAUUGCCCCAACAGGGAGAAAUCAGACAUCAAUCUCAAUCAAAUCCCGAGUGCCAAUAGCAGCAAUAACGGCGGCGGCGGAAAUAUGAACCUGGUUUCGCUCGUGGGCACGAAUGGAACGCGAAGACCACCCUCCCAACAAUCAUCGUUUCACUCGUCCAAGAACCAUUCCCGGCAUCAACCUGCGUCCGCUCCGCCGUCGACACCGCGGAACGUCUGUCAGAUGACCGAAAUAGAAGCCCCGUGUAUACAUGCAAAAACAAACAGAAUCUGUUUUCACUUCGUAGACGUUAGGUCAUCUUGUCGGAAUCUCGGAUCAACCAGAUUCAAUCAAGAGAGCAUUACAAAGAUGCUCGUGCUUAUUAGCACAGUCUUCAUAUUGCUUAAUCUACCGAGCUACGUAAUUCGUCUAUGUGUGUUCUUCUUCGCUCUGGCAAAGAAGAAUACACCGGAGACACUCUGGUGUCUUCAGCAGUUCUUCAUGUUGCUCUAUUAUACAAACUUCAGCAUCAAUUUCCUCCUGUACGCAAUGUGCGGCAUCACGUUCCGUCGAUGUUUGGAGCAGAUACUGCGCAGGAUCCUAAAAAGUAUGACUCGAUAUCACUGCAGUCCACAAAGGGAAUCGGUAAGCCCGUGAAACAUCGACGCUCCUUGGCCGACGGUUCUCCCCUAUCCGUGUCUGGUUUCAACCGAGGUUUUAGCCCAAAUCGUCGAGGCUUUUGUGGGUGUAAAUCCAAGGAUAAAUCCAAGAUGAUUGCCUUUGGCUGAAUCGCCUUGAAAGGGCGCACCAUCAGACGCGUUACGCAUCUGUGACUUUAAGUUCGAUGUCGACGCUCAGACAGCGGAUAAAGAUUUGUCAGAAAAUAAGAAAAUGUUGCGCUGUAAACUCCAGAACGAUAUAAUACUGGAGAAUUCAUGAAUUCUGCAGUUGUAUAAUAAUGUAGAUUCAAAGCUGUUGUAUGUAUUAUAAAUAACAGAUUCGGUGGUUACGUUUGUCGAAAUUUCAUUUAGUCUUGUAAAAGUUCAGAGAUGUAAAAAACGAUAGCAAGAGAUUGAUUUCAUAUAUUUAUGAAUAAUAUCAAGUUUUCAAUUUUAUUAAAGUUUUAAAAAUCUUUUUUAGAAUUUAAUAAUACACAGCGAUAUGCAAUGAACAGAUAAAUUUGAUUCUCAUUCUUGGAUUUUUGUUGUAACUGUAUUUGCAGUCCCUGAUUAUCGCAUUAAUGACCAAUGUUCUGUUUUUACGUCAUGUGCUUUUUACUUGAAAGAAAAUAGGGAGAGAGAGGGAGGGGGGGAGAGAGAGAGAGAGAGAGGGAGAGAAUGCAUGAAAUAUUCAUAUAUUCAUGGAAUCAGUUCUACAUGGAUAUGAAUUAUUAAUGUAAGAGAAUUAUCAUUGGUAAUCAACGGAUAUGACAAUUAGUCUCAAAUUAUGGGACCUAAUUAGAGAUAAUCGCAGAAUUUAUCAUUUAAAUUUCUUAUCUUUUUAAGAAAUAAAAAGUAUUGUAAGAUAAUUUAUUUUUACAAUACAGGCAAUGAAAAAUAAAUAUAAGAAUUUUCAAGCAUUAAAUUAAAUUGAUUUUGUUAUCUUUUACUACGAUACAUUUGCCUACUUGAGGUUUCUAAACAAUCGAAGUAAACGAGAAAACAGAAAAUAAUCCCACAUUUUGGAAAUUUUCUAUACAGUCAUUUUAAACAUGACAAACUAAGAUUUCAGUGACGGUGAAAUAACAUUUAAAUUUCUUUAAUGCAGACAUUAACAGAAAGCUCAAAUUUAUUUUAGACAAAUUAUAAAGUAGAAGUUUGAAAGUCGACGCUUUCUAAAAGUUCUACUCUGUUAGUUACUCUAACAAGCUGGGAAGGAUUUUAGUAUUUUUUAAAACGUUUUAUGAAAAAAAAUCUGUACAGCGGACAAAUUUAACACAUUAACACACGAAACAAGAAUAUCAAAAACGCCAGGAACACUGAUAUUUUUGUUAAGAGAAAAACCAACAUAAGUUGGACAUGAGUUAUUGUAACUCAAACGUAAAAGAAAUCGAGUUGCCAUGUCUCUUUCACGUAGAUUUUAUUUUUUUGCGCAAUUAGGACAGAGAUCGAUUGAUCGGAAGCUCGUCUGGGAAAAUCACCGGAAAAAAAUUUACCGGUAUUUCAUCCGUAACACAUAGAAGAGAAUAUUCUUUCGGGACCAUGCAAUUCCACCCAAAAUUCCAGAUAAACUAGUUUUCCGUAAAUUUUCUUGUACUGAUUUGCGCCUCAUGCAGUAUACUAAUGAACAGAAUACCAUUAAGCCCGAAAUCUUACAGCUUCUCACGUAAAAUAUACUCAUUACACGUCAAAUAUCAGAUUAUUUGCCUUACAUAUGUAUAACAACAUUUACUUAUUUAUGUUAAAUAAUCAUGUACUUGUUAUGCCAAUGUUAAUAACAAUCUCUUUUAAGUAUUUUUAUAAAUUUCCUACAAAUAUAAUAAUCGUUUAUAUAAAGCAGUUCUGUUACUUUUUACCAUGUGUGUGAAGAGAAACUGAGAAACGAAAAGUAUUACAAUAUUAUAUACAUAGACAAACAACUGAAAGAGCACAUCGAACAAAGAUACAAAUUUAAUGAUUCUUGAAUAGGUAGAUACUGAUAAGAGGUAUUAUAAUUGCUCAUUUAAAUUAAUGCAUUGAAUAAAAUAUUACUUAAAAUAUUAUUUAUUAAAAUAUUACUUAAAUAAAAUUUUACAUAAAAUUUUACUUUUUUAAAUAAUUUUUUACUGCUAUUCAGUCGUCUUUGAGAGAAAGCCUUAUCAUAGAAACUUUUGCAGUUAUAGUACCUUUCAAUGGUAGCGUCAAUACACGUGUCUGGCAUAUACUUUAUGCGUUCUUUUUGCGCACAUAAAAAUCCGUACACGUGUCGUUCCUUGGAAAGUGUAACAGAAUGGUAAGAUAAUAUACAGACGUCUUUCACAUUAUUUGUAAAAUCAUAAAUAAACUAAACUCAUAAAUACGUAGUCAUAAAGUGAUAUAUAUAAAUUAAUUUGAUUGUUAAAUUUCGUUACAAAUCUUUUUGUAUUAAAUGUUUAUAUUAAACGUAUCUUUUUAUAUAUAAAUCAUACAAUAUGAUUUAUACAUUAUACAUAUCAUGAAGCUGCUAAUCAAUUUUCUUAUCUCUUGUGAUAUUUGAAAAUAAUUUCUAAUUUGAUAAUUAUGAGUUACUAAUAUAUGUUACAUAACUUUUUAUUAGAAUACUGCAGAGUUCUAUUGAAAGAGAUUCCAAAGUCAAAGUGGGUAAAUCGAUUCCAUAUUGUGACAUCGUCGUUGUCAAGAAAAUGACUUUAAAAGUCACUAAAUAUCGCAAAGACAUACAUACGCGCCCCACAACGUAAUGUAUAUUAAUAUUCUGUAUAUUAUUCAAUGAUUAUAUAUCGAAUAAUUUAUAAUGGGGAUAUGUAAAUAUAAACAAAUAUUCUAUAAAUCUCUAUAUCUUUUUUAUAAAAAUAUAUUGGCCGUGCUCCUGCUCCAUAUUUGUUAUAGAGCGUAUGCGUUUUAAAAAUAAGAGUAGAAUUUAAGAUAAUAUAAUGAAAAAUCCAUACAAAGUACAACGUAUACAAUAUAUGUAUACAUGAUACAUAUGGUUAACAUGUUCUGCAUUCCUGUAUAUAACAAACUGUAUAUGUUUUGAGGAAAAACUACGUAUUAAACAUACAUGUAUAUAUGUAUGUAUCUGUAUGUGUGUUGCGUGUAUAUGUAACUUUAAAAAAUACCGCUAAAGUUGCUUAGUGGAAUCUCAUUAAAGCUGCGUAUUUUGUUAUUACAUGCGAUUAUGUCAAUACAUAUAAUUAUAUCCGUUUAAUCAUAUUGUUUUUUUCUGAUACUUAUUAAAAAGUUGAAGCGCUGUAAAUAAUAAUAAUAAUUUCUGUAUGGCAAA